AUGGUCGACGCUGGAUCGCCGACAAACGAGCCUUCUCUCGCCUCUCAGACCGGGUCCCCUCGUGCCGAAGUUGCUGGCUCAACCUCGUACCACACCCGCCAGGAGACGCCUUAUGCCGAUAGUCGUCCGGCCUCGAGCUACACGAAAUCCUGGCAGCAGCGGGGCAUGCCCCCGACACCGCCCAUGGGAGCCGACGCCGCAUUCGACAGUUACAGUUCGCCACUGAGCAAGCCCGUAAACUUGCUCUCGGGCGUCUCGGCUGGUGCGUCCGGCCGCUUCUACGAGACGACUCCUCCCCUCGAGACCGACUUCCACCGACACUCGAUUGGAGGGGGCCGGCCUCCUGUCCGCCACCAGUCCUUUUCCCCGAGCCCCUUUUCGACCCAGCCUCCGCAGCCGCUCCCUCAAAGCUUCCCGCCGCUGUCCAUCCCCGUCGUGGUGGCCCCGUCGUCCGGGGCCAACCCGUGGCAGCACCACCACUACCUCAGCCCGUCGCACGGGGCUGGCUACGCGCAGAACCAGGACCGGUACAUCUGCCAGACGUGCAACAAAGCCUUUAGCCGACCGAGCAGCCUGCGGAUCCAUAGCCACUCGCACACCGGGGAGAAGCCGUUCAAGUGCCCGCACGCCGGCUGCGGCAAGGCCUUCAGCGUACGCAGCAAUAUGAAGCGUCACGAGCGGGGUUGCCACAGCUUUGACGCCGGCAGCGCGAGGACAUCACAUGUCUCUUGA